AUGCCGUUCAUGGAGUACCUGGACCCGGACCGUCUGGUCUUCCUGAAGUGGGGCUUUGAUCAUCUCGAAGGAAACAUUACAUUCCAAUUGACAGUGAACUCAACAGGCUGGGUGGGCUUUGGUUUUAGUCCAAACGGAGACAUGAAGGGGUCAGACAUUGUCAUGGGAGGACUUGGACCCAGUGGGAGCUACUUUACUGAUCGGUAUUCCACAGGGAACGUCAUGCCUUUAGUGGAUGAUGAUCAGAGCUACAUACUCCUCUCUAUGACUGAGAAUGAUGGUCAAACCAGCAUGACCUUUCAAAGGUCCAUUCAAGCAUGUGAUGACCAAGAUUUCCACAUCACUGCUCAGCCUAUUAAACUUAUUUACGCCUAUGGAACAACAGAUGAGAUCAAAUACCACGGGGCUCGCAGAGGCACCAAGGAAGUGAACCUGCUCAAACACAUGCCAAGAUCCACCCCACCGAACGCUAAAUAUCUUUCUGCCCAAGUGAACAAUAUCACUGUCCCUCAAAAUGAGACCUACUAUCACUGCAAAGUUAUGAAGCUCCCAAACCUGAGUAGAAAGCAUCAUAUUUAUCAGAUUGAGCCGGAGAUCGAGCACCAUGACAUUGUUCAUCACAUGCGCUUGUACCGCUGCCCCACCUAUGUGAGAGAACCAUACGACAAGCAGUGCUACAUGAGCGACAUCGGGGAUACCUGCUACGGAGUGGUGGCUUCGUGGGGAGUGGGAAGAGGGGUAUUUGAACUUCCAGAAAAUGCAGGGAUUCCUAUUGGAGGAGAAGAUAGUGAUACCUUCUACAGACUGGAGAUCCACUACAAUAACCCACAAAAGAAAGCAGGGAUUUUAGACAGCUCAGGACUGAGACUGUACUACACACAACAACUGCGGCAGCAUGACGUGGGUAUUUUGAAAGCAGGUGUGCUACCCAUGGGCGAAAUGCAGUACAACAUCCCUCCAAAAGCCACUGAAUUCCACACCUACGGCAUUUGUAAUACUGCUUACUUUCCUCAGCUUGUGAACCCUAUGCCUGACCUUCAAGUGUUUGCUGUACUCUUGCACACUCACUUGGCUGGAAGGAAAGUCAGAGUUGGCCACUUCAGAAAGGGAAAGCAGAUUGACUUUUUAGGUCUGGAGGAAAACUACGACUUUAAUAUACAACAGAUUGUCAGUUUAGGGAGCGUCAAGACAAUCCAACAGGGCGAUGAGAUCAUAGUGGAGUGCACUUACAACACAGAAGAUCGUGCUGGAACCACUAAGAUUGGCUUGUCCACAACUGAUGAGAUGUGCCUGGCCUUCCUGUUCUACUACCCUGCAAUGAGUGUCACUACGUGCAUUAGCCAUCCAAACACGACACUUUUAUCAAACAAAAACAGCAAAACUUCUGAUGUGACCAAGCAUGCUGAGUAUGAGACCUUAUUGAAGACCCUCCCACAAGCUCAGCUGAUCCUUGGUGCCAAUAGCAGCUCGUUAUUUUACAGGAAUGGCCUGAUUAGGGACUUGAUGAAGACUCCCACAGCAGCGUGUCUUAAUAAAAAUGCAUCAAGCAGUGUCCAUACCUUUUGGAUUACAAACACAGGGAGAAUCCUACUUUUGCUUUUUUGGAUUUUUAUAAUAUAG